UGACUCUGGCUAACGGGCUCUGGCUAACUUAGUCUUAACGUUACCUCGCUCUGUAAAACAGCAAAGUACAGUAUUUCGUGAGCGUGGAGUAGUGUCACUAUUAUGGGAACGACAGUUGACUCGUGAAUGGCAGUCUGUGUCUGCAGCUCAGUCUAUGAGUCAGAUGCCAAAUACUUCACCAAAGGCAGUUAAAGAAUGGUCACGACUUCCUACUCAUGGAAUCUUGCAGGCCUGUGCGAGUUUCUGGCAAACGGCAUUACAGCGCAACUUUGCUUACCCCAAGGGCCUGGACAAUAUUUAAUGAAUCAUUCGAAAGCGCAACACCCAUCCAUAUAUAAUUUGGUUUCAAACUGACAAAGAUGCAUUUGAUACAAAUGGAUGAAUGUUGAGACAGGCAUUGCACCCCACCAGGUUGUGGUUGUUGCCGUUGCCAUGGCUUUGCGCGUUGCUCCACCACGUGGUCCGCUGUCAGACGAGGAGGAGGGAGGUGCCGCCGUUUUCGAGUCCACUGCAGCCAACCCGGGCGGCGUCGCAGGGUCACGGCGCUGCGCGACCACUUUGCACGAGAUCUCCAAUAUCUGUGCUCCAGCGGUGGCUCAAACGAAUGGACGCGAGAUGGAGCAGAGGAAGGUGGGACCUGACGAACGAGGGAGUGGAGAGGAAGAUGGCAGUACGGAGAGAGUGCGUGUUUACCUGCGCAUUCGUCCUCUGAUGGACGUAGAGAAGGAGAGAGGGGAGGAACAGGGGUGUGUGUGCGUUCAGGAUGAGGAGACUCUGUUGCUCAGAGACCCCAGAGUCUCUCAGAGUGUGCACAAGUUCACCUUCACUCAGAUUUUAGGCCCAGGCACAACGCAGCAGGAAUGUUUUGAUUGCACCAUGAAGGAGACCGUGCGGGACGUCCUGCAGGGAGAGAGCAGGUUGCUCUACACAUACGGCGUCUCCAACUCUGGCAAGACCUACACCGUCCAGGGAACAGGCCGUGAAGCCGGGCUUCUCCCCCGCGCCCUGGUCUCCGUUUUCGGGAGGCUGCAGGGGCGCCUGUACGACUCCCCGGACCUGAAGCCGGCUCUGCGCGAGGAGGUGCGGCGGCUGACCGGCGCCGAGGUCCGGGCCGAGGAGGCGCGCCGGGACUCCCUGCUGAAGGAGGAGGAAGGCUCAAUUUCCCAGAAUUCCAGGCGAAGGGGUGGAGCCAGUGUCAGCGGUGACAGUGGCAUUGGGGGCGUGUCCUCGGGCAGCAGCAUCACCACGGAGCUGGAAGAUUUGGACAGCGUGUGCCUGGACGGCGACGCCCUGUCCCACAGCGGAGGGGAAGGUCCGGAGGACGGGGUGCGCUUUUCGGUCUGGGUCUCCUUUUUCGAGAUCUACAACGAGUUCCUGUACGACCUGCUGGAGGCCCCGCCCACGCCGCCGUCGAGGAAGCGGGCCACCCUGCGCCUGUGCGACGAUCGCCACGGCAACCCCUACGUCAAAGACCUCACCUGGGUACAGGUGCGCAGCGCGGAGGAGGCCUGGAAGGUGCUGAGGAUCGGCCGCCGCAACCAGAGCUUCGCCAGCACGCACCUGAACCUCACCUCCAGCCGCAGUCACAGCAUCUUCUCCCUCCGUCUGCUGCACAUCCACCCAGAGGGGGAGAGAGGGCACAGCACCCAGACCAGCGAGCUAACGGUGUGUGACCUGGCCGGGUCAGAGCGCUGUAAGGACCAGCGCAGUGGCGAGCGCAUGAAGGAGGCCAACAACAUCAACACGUCCCUGCACACGCUGGGGCGCUGCAUUACUGCGCUCAGACACAACCAGAGCAACAGGUCACGGCUCCCCCUGGUGGUGCCGUUCAGGGACAGCAAGCUGACCCGCGUGCUGCAGGGUUUUUUCAGCGGGCGUGGCCGCUCCUGCAUGGUGGUCAACAUCAACCCCUGCAGCUCCACCUACGACGAAACGCUGCAGGCGCUAAAAUUCUCCGCCAUCGCCACCCAGCUUGUCCACGGGCCGUCCGCCAAGACGCACGUGGCCUACAUCCAAUCGCUGCUGCGGUCGCACGGGCUGCAGACCAACGAGAACGCUCGAGAGGAGGAGGAGGAGGGAGCGGGAGAGUGCAGCCAGGAGGAAGAGGGUGACGUCACCAUGUUUGACCCCGAGGAGCUGAUAUGUGCCAUCGAGGUCCUGAAGAAGGAGGUGCAGAGACAGAGGGAGGAGAAGGAGGAGCUGGAGGCCAGGGUGAGGGAGCAGGUGUGCGGCGAGAUGAUGGAGGUGAUCGCGCACAUGGAGCACGACUUCAGUGAGACUCUGGAGUCAGAGAGAGCGCUAAUGGAGGAGCGACACGAGAACAAGAUCAACAACCUGCAGAAGAGCCUGAAGAGAUUCUACACCCAGGAGAUACAGGACCGGGAUGAACAGAUCGAGCGGCUGGCUGCCGAGCUGCGGAGGAGUGCAGAGGCGGGGUCGGGGGUGAGCGCCGCGCCGCCCGACCCAGAGACCCACCGUCUCUCCCGGCGCCAGGCGUCCUCCUCCUCCUCCUCCUCCUCCUUCUCCUCCUCUUCCUCGUCAUCUUCCUCCUCCGCCUGCUUCUCGGUGGCGGAGGAGCUGAGCAGAGUGCAGGCGGAGCUGGAUCAGUGUCGCUCUGAGCUGCUGGGGAAAACGCAGGAGCUGAGGCGUUACCAGGGCCUGCUGUCUCUGCCCACCCCUUCCAGCACUCUCACCUCCACCGUGGAGCGCAAGCUGGAGGAGGGACAGAGGUGCCUUCGGAAACUGCGGUUGGACCUGCAGGGCAUGGGCAGGGACCUGCAGUCCGCAGAGAGGACGUGUUGCCAUAGCACCAGCGGAGAGAGACUGCGCCUCACGCUGGCCAACGCUGAUAAUACACUCGCCAAGCAGGACCACGCCCUGGGGGAACUGCAAAACAGCCUCCUGUUGGUCAAAAUGGACCUGAGGAAGAAGACCGACAGGCUGGCCCAGCUAAAGGCCACGCCCCCUCCCCAUGCCCCGCCCACCUCCUGCGCGAAGAGGGGCCUCGGGGGCGGGGAGGGGGGCGCCGAAAACCACGCCCCCGAGAAACGCCCCUUCCUCCGCACCCCCCUUGUGUCGGGACGCACCCCGUCCCGGAAUGCCCCCGCCGCCCCGACCACGCCCAAUUCCAACGUCCUGCGCUCACGCCACAGAUCGCCCCCGCCUGUCCCAGCCCCGCCCCACAAAAGCAAGGGGUGUGUUUUUUAAUGCCGUUGCUACCUCAGUGACCCCGCCCCACGCCCCUCAUUGGCUCAUUAGGCACCAAGCCAGCGACUCCAAACUUAACGGACUGCCCACUCGUCCAAAUAGAUGAACCGCGAUUGGAGGAACCCCACAUAAUGGGAGGAGCUACCACCAAAAAUCUCCAUUUUCAAAACCAACUGUAAAAAUUUACAGGGAGAAAAGCCUUCUGAUUUGUUGAGAACAAGUCUGUGACAGGCAGCUCAUUCUAGCUCCACCCAUUUUCCGUUUUGGGGGAACCUCCGCCCACCCCCGCCCCAUCGCUAGCGUUUGGUCAGUAUGGAGGCAUUAAAUCUGCCCCCCCCACAGUCCUAAUGGAGCUUCUCACUGAGUCUGUGAGAAGAACGAAAGGACACGAGGGAACUUAAGGAUUUGUUUUUAUAAUUAGUGCGAAUACCCUGUACAAUCAAAAUCAUAUUUUUUUAAUAAUUAUAGCUUUACACGAAGAACCAAAGAAAACCAGCACUAUAUUAAACCUAUUUAUUUGCCUGAGAAUGUAAGUUUAGUUUGAAGUAUUUUUCUAUACCUGAAAGGAACAAAGUUCUUAUCCUGCAUCGACUGGAGGAUUGUCUAUUGGUCUUCUGGAGAACGUGUAUUGCGUAACUAGCUUUCCGUUUUACGUUUUGACCAAUCAGCAGUGCGAUCGUUUAUUGGGCUGCCAGUCAGAAGUCAUUAUGCUGAGUAUUUAUAAACAUCGUGACAGACGUCAA